CAUUCUAACCCUAUCAACUUGAAAACAUAUUUGACAUUUGUCUCGUGAUUAAAAAAAGUAUUGGCCAAUUGAUUUGUUUAGCAAUGCGGCUGUUUUUCUAAAUGUAUUGCGUUAACUAAAAUGUUUGAACACUCCGUCAAGGUACCUAGACAUUAUAAGAUUGCAGCAAACAUAUUUAAGAAAGUUUCAACAGAAGGCGGAAGCGUAAAAAGUUUAUUAUACGAUAAUAAGCUUCGACACUUUAGGACCGAUGUGCUUUUCGCUAUAAUAACAGAAACAAUCAAACAUGUAGCCGAAAUAGACAAAAUUUUCGAAAGUUGUAGUCUACUCGAGAAUGAGCCGCGCCUAGACCCGUGGCUGGCAAAAAUUCUCACUACAGAACUGUUGUAUGGUAAAAAGGAAUUGCCAGGCAAAAGUAAACCUGAACAAACUAUACUCUCGUACAGAGAAAAGUUCGAAAAUUAUAAAUCGGAACACCAAGACGACACGAAGGCUGAAGCGACACCAAGGCCAAGAUAUAUCCGAGUUAAUACCAACCUCUUGACAACAUCAGACGCGAUAAGAUGGUUCCAAGACGAAGAAUACCGGUUCAUCCGCUGCACUUCCGGUUCCUAUGACGAUUACCUGGAGCAAGUCAAGAAUCUCACGGAAUACGACUUCACCCAAGACUAUCAUGUGAAGACCGUGUUUGUGUUUCCGCCUGGGACCAAAUUUCACAACCAUGAGUUGUAUUUGGAGAAUAAAAUUAUUUUACAAAAUAAGGCAUCAACAUUAUCUGUGCAUCUUUUGGCGCCGCCAACUGGGAGCGUGGUUUUGGACAUGUGUGCCGCGCCUGGCAUGAAGACCACACAACUUGCAGCCUACAUCAGGAAUAAUGGAAAAAUAUAUGCAGUAGAGAGAAACGAGAAGAGAUACCAGAUAUUAUGCGAUUUCGUACAGAAAACUGCUUCGAGUAGCGUCCAAACAAUACACAGAGACUGUCUGGAAAUUAAAAAGGGCGAAUAUGAAGACGUAGAGUACAUUAUAUUGGACCCUAGUUGCUCUGGUUCAGGCAUGGAUAUUAGCGUCCACAAUUACAUAGAAGAAUCAAGACUGGCGAAGUUGACAUCGCUCCAAGAGAAAUUUCUGAAACACGCAAUGAAUUCAUUUCCGAAAGCCAAGCGUAUAGUAUACAGUACAUGUUCUAUGUUCCCUGAAGAAAAUGAAAGGGUCAUUACAAAUGUAGUAAAGACGUCCAGAGCUAAAUGGAGAGUGCAAGACGUUAAGGAGUUACUAAAAGGUCAGUGGAACAAUUUCGGAUCAGCUAUGUAUGGUAGUAUGGGGACCAGAUGUUUGUACGCCAAACCCGAAGUUGACCUGACCACUGGUUUCUUCCUGGCCGUGUUAGAUAGAGACCAAAAAGACAUGGAGAAAAGUUUGAAAAUGGAAAGUGAGUUGGCACACAAGAAUAAAUCAAAACAGGAAUAUUUGAAUUUUAUUGAUAGAAAGUACAACCUUAAUUCUAAUGACUCGGUCGAAGGCGUCGAAAAUUUUAAGCCAAGCGUAGAUAAAUCCGAUAAGAAGAAGAAAAAUAAACACAGCCAGAGUGAUGAUAGUAUUGAGCAAGAUAACAUAAAGGAUAAUUCUAACGACAUAAGUGUGAAUGCUAAAGUAAAAAAACAUAAAAAGAAUAAACGGUCACAACCUGAAAGUGAUUUCGCUGAGCCAACAGUUGAAGAUGACGUUGGGUGUGAUACGGAACAAGUAGUUAAGAAAAAAAAGAAAAAACGUGACAAGCCUGACGACGAAACAGAAAAUUCAGUAAAUGGGACAUCAAACAGGAAACAUAAAUUAGAUAUAGAAAAUCUUGCUGAUAAUUUGAAUGAAUUAGUUGUUGAUAACUUGUGUGAUAGUGGCGAGCCCGUCAAAAAGAAAAAUAAGAAAAAAGAUAAACAUAAGAUAGUAAUUGAAGAUUCAUAUAAUGUGGAUGAUAAAGACGAAUUGGCACAGAAAUCCGAUGAAUAUCUAUCACAGGAUGUUAAUUCAAGUGAACUGGAAAUUCCAGUAAAGAAGAAAAAGAAGAGGAAUAAAGAGAAUAUGGAAACAGAAUCAGAUCAACUUCAAGUUGACACCGAAAUGGUAACAGAUGAACCUCCAAAGAAAAAAAAGAAGAAACAUAAAAGAAAUGAAAAUAAAGAAACUUGCUGAUUGCAUCAAUAUUUUUACUUUUUUAUUAAAAAUUAAAUAUAAUAAUGUUGAAA